ACAGAGGAAGAAGAAGCCAGCAAUCCUUGCAGGACCGCCGUUCCUAAAGACAAGACAAGUGUUAAUCAUCUGCAGCGAGAUGGCUGCAAACCAAGGCCCCACAGGUGCCGGAGCACGGCCUCCACACCCUGCCGUCCUCGCUGCAAGAGGCGAGAGGCAAGAGUCUCCACCGCAAGUGCUGCAGCAUGGGCCGGCAGCGGUGCCAGAUAUUCGUGGUCCGGGACUGCUUGCCCAAGAUCCUGGCGCAGUAUCUGCAGCUCCAGCGGUGCCCAAACCUACAGACGCGCUUCUCACGCCGCCGCUGCAAGAGCAUGCCCACCUGCCGGCGGGAGCAGCAGGGGCCAUGGGCACUGGGCACCGGGCCAAGACUUCGAAGCACAAGACCGCAGGCCGGGAGCACCGGGCGGGGGCCAAGCAGAUUAGGGCAACAGCAGCCGUUCCCGAAGAGGUCGAGCAGACGGACGAGCACCUACGCGUGUUGCCUGUGACUUUCGAGUCGCACCAAGCGGUCGCUGCUGAAGACCAGCCUCAGGCAGGGCAACAAGAGCCGCCAUGCCGAAGCCACGGCCGCGGCCCAUACGCUCGUCCUCGCGUCCUGCCUCCAGUGCGGCCUCAGCUACCGCUGCAACCUCGGCCGCCGUCGUUGUGGGCACCCGCAAUGAGGGCGCCGCUGGGGAAGCCCGCCCUGUACUCGGGCAGCGCCAGCGCGGUCGUGGUGCAUGGCUACAUACAGCCGCCUCCCCAGCAGCAGCAACGCGCAGGCGUAGUUCGUGUGGAGGAAGGUGCCGUGGACUUUUUCUGCGCCGGUUACACGAUCGCCGCGCUCAUCUUCAUGCUGCUCUGGCUAUACCUGGCCAUUAGCGCCACCUACCGGAAAGGGCGAAGCAAGGCCGCCAUCGCGGAAUUCUCGACGAUGGACGCUGACGAGCGGGAACUGGAGAUGCUGCUCGGUGCCCAGGAGACCGCUGCCACGACCGAGUCUGUGGCUCGUCACACCGUGUCGAAUGACUCGGACCACCACAGCACGGCCGUCAUAACGGCCACUAUUUAGACUUGUGCUACGAAGUUAUACCGGAACUCAGUCGCCACCCGACGCUCUGACGGAGCAAGAUACCGGGAGCAGUGCAUUGGACCACUCUUUACUAUUCAUAUUCUUAUCUAACUUUUCUGUCUAAAUAGGUGUUGACUUAGUUUAGCCUCUCUUCUCUUCUGCCUUGAGGUUUGUCCUCUUUCUUGGCCGCGACACACAUUAGCAGUCCGCCCCGACCGGUGAGACAGUCAGAAAGGGCGCGAGCUGCACUUCUCUAUUCAUUCACUUUAAACAAUAAAAGACGUGGGUCCAUCUGGUUAAUUUGUGGUCUUAGCAAUAUUUGUAUACAAAAUAGAGGAGGAGACGCGUUGUUCAUUACGUACUUGAUUUCAAAGACAGAGACUAAACAUUUUCGAUGUUUUCUUUUAUUAUGUUAGUGCUAGGAGCUGAAAGUUAAUUUUCCAGUGAUCAGUCUUAACUUGUUCAGUAAGCUCAUGGUGAAGAGCCUAUAGUUAUUUAGACGUAGACUUGGACUUCUCAGUGUAGUUGCCUAUUUAAGACUCCGUCUUUUUCUGCAAUGAUGUCGGCAGCCUUAAAAGGUUUGAUAAUUAGUUUUGCCAAAUGAAGGCCAAAUAUUGUUAUUGUAGUUAAUCUUCGCUAUUCUUUAGAACAGCAAGUGUACUCGCGUAGCGCCGCAGCUGCAAAUAUUACGCCUCAAUAAUGAGAACGACCACAGUGGCCCGACGAAAGCGACGACUACGUACAGACGCGCGCGGAAGCUAUGAACAGGACGGGCGCACAUGUUGAUUUAGAGGGACGCAUUAAACUUGCUCGACACAGGCCGCAGUAUGCAGCGUUGGAAGCUCUUGAUACAACAACGGCAUACGUCAGUGUGGAGCAUGUCAUUCUCCUGAAUAUCGCGAAGAGCAUGAAUUUUCCUCCAUGUAUUACAAAUUGAAUUUGCGAAUUCCCAAAAGAUAGAAUUUUCUGUUGCUCCGCAAGCAGCGUUUCGACGCCAAAAUACAAUGUCGGAGGAGUUCCACAAGGUUACGUUCUGACCCCAUUUUGCUUCUUUAAUAUUAAGAGUUCUGUUCCAUUGUGUCCACACCUACAAGUGUGUGUUUAUGCAGACGACGUGGCAUUCUUUGUGUCAGCGAGUGAUAUUUGCCCAUUGCAUAGAAUGCCACAAUCAUAUAUAUCAAUACUUGAAGAUUGGUUUGA